AUGAACUUAGCUCAAUGUCAGCUCAGCUCCCAAUUCCCAUCUUUGACCUUCGUUUUAACUUCCGCCACAAGGAAGGGGAAAAAGGGGAAUCCCUGUGGCCUGUACUCAUUUCAUUUCAUUAUUCCAGAGGGUUUUGGCUUUUUGGGGUUUAAGCCGGCGGUGAAACCACAAACAAUUCCGCCUCAGAAUCUAACGCCGCCGCCACUUACAGAGUCAGCUGCGAAUCCGACGACUCCUCCGGCACCCACAAGGAUGUCCACUUCGGAGUCGAAACUCCAAGCCUCAGAAUCAAACGCCGCCSCCUCUAAAACCCUUGAGGAUCAAGCCCCAAUUGGUUCUAACAUUGUCCAAGAAGAAAAAAAUUCCGCGGAGUCUGGAAAGAUACCCGAGAGCGGGGGUGAUGAUGAAGGAGGGGAGGAUCUAGCGGAGGAGGAAGAGGAGGAGGAGGGGGAGUGUGGGUUUUGCUUGUUCAUGAAAGGGGGCGGUUGCAGAGAUAGCUUCAUGGAUUGGGAGAAGUGCAUUGAGGAGGCGGAGAAGAACAAGGAGGAUAUUGUGGAGAAGUGCUUUGAAGUGACUGGGGCUCUGAAGAAGUGUAUGGAGGCUCAUGCGGAUUAUUACGCGCCGAUUCUCAAGGCCGAGAAAGUGGCAGAGGAGGAGGCGAUUAUCGAAUUGGAGAAGGAACUGGCUUCAAAUGCUACGCAGCAAAAUAUGAAUUCCAGAGGCCCGGAGGUAAAUGUGGGUUCCGAGAAUUCAGAAGAACAGAAGGCUUCUGCUGGUGGUAAGUGAAUUUGGUUGCUGCUCGUUAGAUCUGAUUUCUGAGGCGGAAAGCAUUACUUUUUUGGAGUAUUUUAGUUUUAAUCUCUCUUUUAGCAGUCUGUGGAAGAUAUCUUCCUUGAACUUUUUGUCUUAGUACACCGAUAGAUGAUAGUCUAUUUCGAAGUAUCAUAGGAAAGGAGAGUUCUUACCUUAUACCACUUUUUUAUUUAAUUCAAAUUUCUGAAUAAUUGUUCUUGUCACUAUUGGCUAAUAUCAUUUUUUCAAGAAUCAUCUUCCCUAAUGCUUUCUUUGUCAUUUA